AUGAAAGCUGCCACGAGAAACCAAUUGACAAACAAGCUAUUUUUGACCACUUUCCUAGUAGCUUGUUCCUCAGUGGCGUUGAGCACUGCCUUGCCGUGUCCUGCUCACACGGUGGACUCGGAUGCGCCAGUGAAGGGCAGCACAGAGGACAAGAGCUUACUAUUGGAAAUAAAAGAUACAAGAGAGCAUUGA